AUGAAAUAUCUACUACUGUUGAUACUUGUCAACUACUGUUCUUCAAGUGGACCGACAUGGUCGGUAGUAAUUCCAUUGCCCGAUGGAUCGCAACAGGUUGUUCAUGGACCUUUGCAAUAUAUUUUUCCUCAAGAAAGAAAAGAAACUCUAAUCUGUCGACAUUGCUUUAGCUUUCGAACAAUCGACGAUGAUCGUCGAAUGCUUAUUAAACCGUGUGGUGGCCACAAUUGUAUUUCAAUUAUGAAUAAUACAGAUCCUGAAGAAGAAAAUCUACCAACGCAGUCGUAUGAUUUCAGUCAAUGUGGUCGAGCAGAAAACAUUCCGAGCAUUGUUAGCAAAGCUCUGCAAUUAAAGAUUAGCACCAGUGUGAAGAAUACUCUUCGUCCCGCCGAGUAUCCAUGGCUUGUUCGAAUCGAAAGUCGUUCAAACACGUAUUCGAACACUUUUACAUUCUGCGGAGGCACAUUGAUUCAUCCUCAAUGGAUUUUAACGGCUGCACAUUGUAUGUUUGAUAGUAUAACAAAACGACUGUACCCAGCCGCCGGAAUCAAUCUGCACAUGGGUCAUUAUGAUCGUUCACGAAUGAGUCGCAAGGAAUACAUUCGACAGCCGGUAUUAUACGUCAUUCAUCCGAAAUUUCGCAUCAGUCAAGUAUCGCCAGCACCGAUUCAUGAUCUUGCAAUGAUUAAACUUGCUCAGCCCGUGCCAUUGUCUUCAUCGAUCAACACCGCAUGUUUACCUGAAACAGCCGUCAGAUUGAGUGACGGUACAUUAGCAUUCACAGCUGGUUGGGGCCAUUCGUCGCCAACUUCAUCGGUGGUAAACAAACCGCGUAAAGCAAGAAUUCGUGUAUCGCCACGUUCGUGUCGAAAAUUAAUGAUUGAUAAACAUCUACAUAUAUGUGGAAGAAAUGAACGAGGAAAUAAUAUUUGUAGCGGCGACUCAGGAACCGGUCUUGUCGUUCGUGCAGGCAUUCCUUCAUAUGGAAAUCGAACGGUGUGGAAAUGGCAUCUUUUUGGUGUUGCAAGCUACGGGCUAGAUGAAUGCUCGCAGAAUGUGAAUCAUAAUAAUGCAUUUGCGUCAGUAUCAGCCGAUGUUGAUUGGAUACGGGAAAUUAUGAGGAAAUAUUAA